AUGAAUAUAGUUGCUACUAGUGAAGGUCGGAAGAUAAUAAGAAUGAGUCCUAAUGCGUUUUUGGACUUAUGCUCUAUAUUACAACAAGAUGGUGGUCUUCUACCAACACAAUGGGUAACCGUAGAGGAACAAGUUACUAAAACUCUUUAUAUUCUAACACACAAUGUAAGAAAUAGAGAGAUUCAAAUAUGGUUCCAACGCACCGGCGAAGCUACUAGUCGUCAUUUUCCUCGUGUGCUCCGAUCGAUAAUUGAGAUAUGGCGUACCUAUCUCAAACAACACGAUGAAUCAUACAUUCCGGUAGAAAUUCUUAGAAACAACCAAUUUGACCCCUACUUUAAGGAUUGCAUUGGAGCAAUUGAUUGUACACAUGUUCGUAUAAAAGUACCAUUUAUUGAAGCUUCAAGGUAUCGUGGUAGGAAAAGUUUUCCUACACAAAAUGUGUUGGUCGCAUGUUCGUUUGAUUAA